AUGGCUGCUUGUCAUCUCCGUUCAAUCAGUUUACCAUCCAGAUCUCAUCCUCUAACCCUUAGUAUUGAGGAGCAGCUAUACAAGUUGAAGGCAUCACAGUCUUCGUCAAUAGGCCACAAAUUGAGUGGUUUAAAGAAAUUUUUAGAGUGUGUCGAUAAUUUGCUUCAACUGCCACAUGCCCAACGGACUCUCUCCCAUGAGGCAAAGCCAGUGUGCAGAAAUGCAUUGAACGAAUCUCUAGAGCUGUUGGAUCUGUGCGAUUUCACAAGAGAAUUUUUCUCACGGAUGAAAGAAAGUGUUCAGGAGCUUGAAUUAUCUCUCCGUAGAAGGAAAGGCAGAGUCUGUGGCUUGACAGACGAAGUUGAUGCAUAUAUGGUUUCUAGAAAAAAGCUGAACAAAGCAAUUUGUAAAUGUCUGAGAAAUUUGAAGAAAAAGGAGAGGAAUUGUACAACAGCAGUUUUCGACAGUAACACCGAUCUGACGAACUCGAUUAACAGUGUUCAAGAAAUUAGUCUUGUGCCCAAGCGUGUUUCAUGUGAAGUGGAAAUUGAAGUGAAUGAAGCAGAGAAAAUCGAUGAUGAAUUGCUUAGCCUGAAAUCAAGCAAAGACAUCAGUCUUUCACAACUUCAGAAUCUUCUCAAAGAAUUGGAAGCAUUUGAAUCAAGCAUCAAAGAGGCAGAAGAGGAGCUGGAAUGCAUCUAUAGGCGAUUGGUGAAACCCAGAGUUUCCCUUCUCAAUAUUCUGAAUCAUUAA